ACGGCAGUCGCCACUUUUGCUGAACUAUCGUGUCGAUUAAACGUAUCAGUUAGAACGGUAAUAGUGUGUUGGUGAACAGCAGCAGCAGUUUUAACGAAAAAGAUAAUUGUCUUCUCUAGGCCAUUUCAAUAACCGCCGGCAGCAGAAAAAGCCCAAUAAAAAAAGGUUUUCAAUUUUCAUCGACAAUCCGUCGUCGUCGUCGUCGUCGUCGUCGAUUAAGUGUUUGAUCGUCCUGUCGUUCCUUAGGCGUAAGAGAAGAAACCAUGGAGAGUAGGCAUUUCUGCAUUCUUUUACUGGUGAUGUUGGGGAUAUCAAUAUUGACUGGAACAAAAUUCGAGAGAAAUCUUCUGUCCGUGGAGGAUGCCAGAAAGCUAGCGAACGUGGCGCCUUUGACAUCAUCACGCAUCGUUGGAGGAUCUACGGCCAGCCCCAACCAGUUCCCGCAUCAGGUGGCCCUUCUUAGGUGGAAUUCGUUGUUGUGUGGCGCAUCGCUGAUUACGGACAAGUGGGUCCUCACGGCGGCACAUUGUAUCCUCAUUGGAAAUCAAGUAGUUCCAGCAUCGCAAGUCUCGGUACUUGCCGGAACGACAAUCCUUAACCAAGGUGGUGUUCGACAAAACGUUCGCAGAAUCAUUCCCCACGAACGAUACGGUAACUUCCGCAAUGACAUUGCCGUGCUGGAGUUGGACCAUGGAUUUCAACUGAGUAGUUCCAUUGCAACGAUAGCACUUUGCAGGUCCACCGUACCAGGUGGUAGCACGGUUACCAUAUCCGGUUGGGGCCGGCUGUACAACUAUGGUCCAUUGUCAACAGUACUCCGGUAUAAUCGGGCAACAGCUCUUGCCUCACAUGAAUGUGCACUGGAGAUGGGCACCAGCACUGGAUUGAUUUGUCUGAAGUCGCCCGCCAAUAACGGAGCUUGCAAUGGUGAUUCCGGUGGUCCUGCGGUCUACAACAAUGAGGUAGUUGGAGUUGCUAACUUUGUCGUCAAUGGAUGUGGAUCCGUUCGGUCGGAUGGCUACGCACAGGUGUCGGACUUUGUUCAAUGGAUUGAAUCGAAAAUUAAUUGAGGGUGUUUAACAGCAAAGAGUUAUAUUUGUUUAGGAUUUUUUAAAGCGAACUGCUUAC